GGCAUUGUUUUCUAGGGUUGUAACCUCAUACGUAGCUCGUCACAAUCACAGAGUACACGGUCCCUGUGAGAGCUUCCACCACCAGUUGUCCUGGCAUCUUAGAACCAGUCUGGAAAGGAGAAGUGAUGGCUCCAGCAGCAAGGGAGGGAUCAGAGUGGGGGCACCCAACCGUGUCCCUAUUCACUGCAGUACAGCCUUCCUUUUGGGAGCCACGGUCACCAGCUGGGGCAGGAGGAGCCGGUGGGAAGGACAGCCCCACUCACCAUGCUUUGGCUCUCGUGUCUGUGGCAAGGCUGAAAGUUCCUGCCAUGGUUCACUGCGCAGGCCUCUGGUCAUGACCACUGUGGGUGUUCUGAAGCCCUGGGCACAGGGAGUUUUGGUGUUACCAGCUGGGAGCUGCGGUCACCCUGCAAGUGUUAAAUCAGCCAGCAGCAGCAGCAGCAGCUAAUCCUUAUUAACUCCCAGCACCGCCCAGGAUCGAACUGUGUGCAAUGACAGAAGGCACACAUCAAAACAAAGGCUCAGGAGGCUGCUGCAAUCCCACUUGCCUUCAGAAGCACUGGAGAGAGGACACCAGCUGUCGAGAGUUUGGUUCUGAACUCCUUUGGGGUAAAAGGUGGACACUGCCUCGGUGACGCAAACGCUCAUCUGCUGCCCUCUGGUAAAGUUAGGGACACUCCAACACUGAUGUUACUGAAGCCUCAGGAUGAGAUUGCAUCUUCCUUGACAGAUCUGGCUCUUGCAUCAUCAGCUGUGAGGCAGAGCUGUGUGACCUGCAGAGGGGACAACAUGUCCCUCCCACGGGGCUGCAGGUGGUGAACAGAAGCAGCCUCGCGUCCCUGGAAUCCCUGGAGAGCUCUUCCCCUCACUGCUCUUGGGCAACAGCACGACUGUUUCCAGCAUUGUGCUCACUUCCAGCGAAGGCAGCUCCCGCCCUGCUUGCCUCUGUGUCCCACCCCUGCCUUGCUCCAUGCCCUUAGUACUGGUGGGAGGUUGGUGGCUAAACAAAACAAGGUGCUCGCUCCCUCGUGUGGGGCUUCAGGUGUUCCUGCCACAAGCUGAGAGCUGCUUCUCAAGAGAAAACAUGAAAGUCAUGUUGGUCAGGCAAAGCUGAUUCAAACCCACUAAGGAUUUCCCAUUGCAACUCUGGAGACAGACUUCUCUUUCUGCACACACAGGUAAAUUAUGAAGGCUCUUUUCUUCCAAAUCAGAGACAACAAACAGAUCUCAAUUCCAGAUUUUUUUCUUUGACCUUUUUUUGCAGCUUGAAAUCUAUCAACUACUUUUAAAGCCAAAUAUUUUCAUGGGUUAAAAGAAAUUUCCUACUUAAUGGGAGAAGGAAAAGUUCAAUGGAAAAUUUGCAGCCAUUUCUACUAAAGACAUUUCUACUAGACAGAACAAAGUGCUUGAAAAUAGCAGUGUGUGUCCCCUGGGCUUUGGCCAACCUAUUUUCUGAUGUUUCCUGAGAUGAGGAGCACAACUCCCAUCAAGAAGCUCAGCCCACCACGGCCAGGGCUGGCAGGAGGAUGUACCCAUGGUGUGGUUUGCAUUCCUGGUCUCUGGCAGAUGCCAGGUAACUCCCAUAACUGUUGCACUGGCAUCAGGACAUAUGGCCCCCCAAGGAGGAUGGCCCAGGCAGCCCCAGCCCCCUGGCUUUGCUGGCUUUGACACCUUCCCUAAGGACGACUACAGGACAAUGCACUUUGGAUCGUUUACCAGCAGGCUGGGUGCUCAGCUGUCCCCAGCCAGCCUGCACCCCCCACCUCAUCAAAUACAGGAACGUGGAGACCUGACUGUAGAGUUGUCACAAAUCUACAGAGCCUUUGGCAGGAACAAAGCUUUGACCUUGGGGCACUGCCAGGACCUCUUACUGAGGGAUUGAUCUUAAAUGCAUUCUGGGUGCAGGAAUUGCAAAAUGCCCUAUGUGACCAUGCCAGGGGUGCUGGAACAGUGAGCCACAGUGCUCGCUUGGUUCUGCAGUUCUGUAGAGAGAAAACUGGAGUCAGAUGUGGGAAGCAGCUGCCCAGGGACAGGAUGAUGCACUCCAUCCCUGAGGCUUGUGGCACAGCAUCUCCCCGUAGGUUGGAAAAACCUCUGAGGUCAUUGAGUCCAGCCACUCUGCCAGGUUACCUUGAUUUGCUGCACCUUCCCUCCUCCUGGGCUGUGUGCAGGGAGCAAGGACAGAUUGCACACACCACAAAAUGGUAUUUCUUGGGAAAAGGGCUCUUUCAGGGGCUAUUUUUAUCUCUCUGUGCAGCAGCACAGGUGGGUGGGUGGCUUUUGCAGCUGCUCUGCCACAGCCACUGAUGCCGUGGGGACAGACCCCCAGCCUGGCUCGGCUGCCUGGCACAGCCUGCCAGCAGCUCCUGUCUGCCAGGAAAAUUACCAGGGAAGAUGUUCCUUCUCCUGGAAGACAACGUGACUCUCCUAGCCGUGCAGUGCUGAUCGGGUUAGACAGAGCAUAUUGUAUUUUUCAUGUGCUGGAUCGCUCGCUGCAGUUGCUGCUGUGUAAUGUGGGGCUUGUCAAGUGAGAGCCAAAAUCGUCUCUGGUGCAACUCCCACCUGGGGACAACGAGGAGCAAUCCUGUCCCAGAUGCAUCCUACUCAACGAUAAAGCAUUUCCUAGGGCCAAAUUCAGAACAGACAUGCAUGCUGUGAUGCCAGGGUUCAUGCAGCAGGAUUUUCUGCCUGUGCAGUCUCAGAGCAGGCAGGACAGGAGCUGGCCCCAGAGGCGCUGGAAGGUGAGAGGGCUGAGGCCAUUCCCAUGCUGAGGGCAUCAGCUGAGCAGGGCUGCUUUGCCCACAGCCACAGUCCCCGUGGAGAGAGUGAGGAGAGAAGGCACCACCCUGCACCUCAGUGCCGGGCUCUGCCCUCACAAGGGCUCCGGGGCCGGGGCUCGCGAGCGCAGCGCACUGCUGCACGUUUGAUCAGAGCCAUCUCCCCUCCCUGCAGGCCUGGACUGUGAAUUUGGUUGCGAUGGAGACCGUGUCCCUGGAGCACCAGAUCCAGAGCGUGCAGCGGCACAUCGCUUUCCUGAAGAAGGAGCAGAUGGAGCUGCUCCAUGACCUGCACCUGGAGAUCCUCCGCCUGCAGAAGCACUGCUCAGAGCUCACCCAUGACCUGGAAAUGAAAGAGCUGGAGGCCCGCCAACAAGACGUCCUGGACCGCGAGCUGGAGGAGAAGUGCCGGGCGAUGGAGGCGCAGCUGCAGGAGAAGGAGAAGGACAACCUGGAGCUGCGCAAGGAGCUGCAGCACAAGGAGACGCUGGUGGCCGCGCUGCGCUCCAGCCUCCGCAGCAAGGAGCGCCGGUUCCUGGAGGAGCUGAAGCGGCGGAGCCACCGCGUCACCAUCCUCGACACCGAGCUGCAGAAGCAGACGGAGGCGGCCGCCUACCUCUCGCUGCAGCUGCACGCCACGGCGCAGCGGCUGCCGGGCCCCCGGGCGGGCGAGCGGCCGAGCCCCGAGCAGCCCGCCCGAGCCCGCGGGCAGGGCCAGGCCGGCCAAGGGCGAGCCCGGCAAGAGGCAGGGCUCCGGUGCCCACGGUGCCCGCGGUGCCCCCCGCGCACAGGAGUAGGCGGCGAGGGCGCCGAGCGGCCGGAGCCCCGCGGCACCGGGGGCUCCUUCCCCGUCCCCUCGGUGGAGCGGAGGGGCGGCCGAGAGCGGAGCCCUGCCCGCGCCUCCCACCCACCGGCCCGAGAGGUGUGA